CUACAUCUAUCUCAUUCAAUGACGGAAAUCAGUCAAAUAAAGCUUCUGGGCAACAUUGCAAGUCCAUAUACCAGCAGGGUUCAGUUCGUCCUAAACCUCAAAUCUAUCAAAUACGAGUUCAUUGAAGAAGAUUUCAAUGAUAAAAGUGAGCUCUUAUUGACAUCAAACCCACUUUUUAAACGAGUUCCUGUUCUUAUACAAUCAAACAAACCACCGAUUCUUGAAUCUCUUAUCAUAAUCGAUUACUUAGAACAAAUCUACCCCGAUGUCUACAAACUCCACCCAAAUGAUCAUGCAGAUCAAUCUGUUCUCAAAUUUUGGGCUUACUACAUUGACACAGAGUUUUUUCCUUUAUAUGGAAGGUUGAGGAAAACACCCGAUAAAGAGGGAAAAGAAGUCCUAAAAAAACAGAUUAUCGAAAAAUCACAUGUACUAGAAAAUUUAUUUGUGAAGUUUAGUAAUGGGAAGCCUUAUUUUGGCGGAGAUGACGUGGGAUAUCUAGAUGUUGUUCUUGGAUGUUUUCUAGGUUGGACAAAAUUUGUUGGAAAUCAUAACAAUUUCAAGAUAUUUGAUGAAGUUAGGACCCCAAAUCUUAUAGAAUGGUCAAAACGUAUGCUGUCACAUGAAAGCCUUAAGGGUGUGAUCCCAGACCAAGAAAUACACAUCGAUUUCUAUAAAUGGCUUACAAAAGCUAGACCACCACCAAAAGCUACUUGAAAUUACAUUUGUGAAACUCAUGAAUAUAUGAUGUUUCAAUCCCAAUAGUUAGAUCACCAAGUGUUGCAU